AUGUCAACGCGCCCGUAUCGACUCUACCCCGCGUACUGCUUCCGCGCAUCGCCAACAUUCAACACAUGGGUGAAGCUCACGGCUGCCGGCGUGCAGGCUCUCCGCUCCGAGAAGGACUUUGAAGGACAGCGCAUCUACUUCCAUCUCAACCACCCCAUCCGCUACGUUCGCCUGGUCGGCGCCGUGGUAGCCAUCGACGACAUCAACCUGCGGUACACGGUCCUGACGCUCGAUGACGGCAGCGGGGCGACCAUCGAGCUGAAGAUUGUGCGAACCAUUCCCGCCGACAAGAAUCCUGUUGAUACCUCGUCCAAAACCGAAGUCGACAAUGUCGACAUCAUCAGCCGGCUUGGCGUCUUCGAGGUGACGGUCGACAGCCAGCCGCUCGACAUUGGGUCCGUCAUCAAGGCCAAAGCCACGAUAUCCGAGUUCAGAGGCGUAAAACAGCUGGAAAUGAAGCGCGUCUCGAUUGUUACGACAACGGAUGAAGAAGCACGCGCCUGGGCUGAGACGGCUGCGUUCAAGCAGAAAGUGCUCUCGAAACCAUGGCAUAUUUCUUCGAGCGAGCACAGGAAGAUCAAGCACAGCAUCAAGGCGGAGAAGAAGCAGCUGCGCGAGUACGAGCGACGCAAGGCUGAAUACGAAGUCAAGAAAGAGGAGCAUCGACUGGCGAGGGAGACAUACAAUCAAGAAAGAGAAAAGAAACUCGAGGCUAGACGCCGCAAAGAGGAGGUCAUUAUGAAUGCUGGUGCUUUGAUGUGA